GUGUGUAUAUAGUAAAAGUUGAAGAGCAAAAUUUAGAAGGGUGGAAGGAGGAGAUGGAAGGGUCAAAGGGCUCAAGAAUUGCUUCACUGAUCCUAAGAAUUCUGACCUUCAUUUUGAUCUUCAUUUCUCUCAUAAUCAACGCCACCAAUUCCAAAACUUUCAACAAAGGCGCUGAAAAUGAAACAACAUUUAAGUUUAAAGAUGUUUAUUCUUAUCGAUAUUUGAUAUCAACUACGGUUAUUGGAGCUGUUUUGAGUCUACUUCAAAUCGCUCUCAACAUUUACAACGUCGUUACCAAAAGCCAUCGAACUCUACUCUUCGAUAUGUUCAGCGACAAACUGUUGUCGUAUCUUCUACUGUCGGGAGCCUCGGCGGGGUUAGGUGCUGGCAUCGAUUUGAGAGUCGGUCUUAAAGAGCUGGUUGGCAACCUUUUAAACUCGUUUUUCGACAAGGGAAAUGCUUCGGCGGCUGUUCUUCUCCUUGCGUUUAUUUGCGCUGCCGUUGUCUCAAUUCUCUCUUCCUUGGCCCUCAUCAGGAAGCCUUGAAAAUAUUGUGUUGGUCUUCCAUAUUUGCUUUGUAUUGAUAAAAUAUAGUUUUUAAUAUUUGUUUAACAAAAAUUAGGAACAAUCUCAUAUUAUAUAAAUUAUGAAUUAUUUUUUCUUU